CACUAGGGCGCCGAAAUAUAAACUGGAAGGAACGAAAACGAGGUCUAAAUACUCGAAAAGCUUUUCGGAAUACUGGAAUUGAAUGAACAUUUAAGGAAUUUGUUUACCAAGCUGUUAAAGGAUGGGCUGCUGAGGCCAGAUUGGAUAUAAACUCAGCAACCGGCAUCACCAUGUCAGCUGGCGGGGAGUUUGUCAAUGAAAACAAGCUGGUGAGACCGAAGGAGGAGUUCGGUUCUCUGCUGCAACACGCCGGCGCCACCAAAGACGUUUUCACCAUAAAGGAGGUGAUGUUCUACCUGGGUCAGUACAUCAUGCAGAGGCAGCUGUACGACCAGAACCAGCAGCACAUCGUCCACUGCGCUCAGGACGCUCUGGGCCGGGUUCUGGGCGUCGACAGCUUCUCCGUGAAGGAACCAAGGGUUUUGUUUGCAAUGAUCACCAAGAACCUGGAGGCUGUGAGGAACCCAGAUUCAAAGACGGAUUUGAGUGAAGCUCACAGCAGCCAGACGGUCAGAAGGACGGAGGGAGCUGAGAGUUCAUCUCCAUCUCCAGAGCGGAGGAGGAGGAGGAGGAGGAGGAGGACCGACUCAGGUCCGUCCCACAGCACAGACGGAGAGGAAGAGGAGCAGCAGUCGGAGGACGAAGAGUCGGACGACGGCAGGAAGCGGCGGCGCUCGGACAGCUUCUCGCUGACGUUCGACGACAGCCUGUCCUGGUGCGUGAUUGGAGGGCUGGAAAGUGGGCGGGACAACCGCGGCAGCCAGUCGUCCGACUCCCACAGCGUCCGGUCCGGGAGGUCGGAGGUCACGAUCGCGGCGUCCGACUCGGACAGCGACAACUUCAGCGUGGAGUUCGAGGUGGAAUCGGUCGACUCGGACGACUACAACGAGGACGACGCGUCGCUGUCGGCCGACGACCAGGUUUAUGAAGUCACCAUCUUUGAGGCGGAGGACGACGACUCAUUCGACGACGACACGGAGAUCACAGAGGCUGACUACUGGCGCUGCUCCAAGUGUGACGAGCUGAACCCGCCGCUGCCCAGAAACUGCUUCCGCUGCUGGACGCUGCGCCGCGAUUGGCUGCCAGAGGCGUCCGCCGACCCCAAAGCCCUCCCCACCAACCAAUCAGCUGCCAAUAAAACUCCAGGUUUGGAUGUGGAGGAAAACGUCGACGUUCCUGAUGGAAAAAGAGCGAAGACUUCCUCCUCCUCCUCCUCCCAGGAGAAGCUGUGGACGCCCGAGUCCCAGCCGUCGUCAUCGGGCGACUCCCAGGACCCGGUGCCGGACCUGGAGCGCAGCGUGUUGGCCGAGUCCCGGGUGCCGGACUCGUGUCUGGACCCGUGUCUCAUCUGCCAGUCCCGACCCAAAAACGGCUGCAUCGUCCACGGCACCGGACACCUCAUGUCCUGCUACGUCUGCGCCAGGAAGCUGAAGAGGAGAAACAAGCUGUGCCCCGUCUGCAGGAUGCCCAUCCAGUCCGUCGUCCUCACCUUCCUCAGCUGAGAACGACCUCCAGCUGACCUCCAGCUGACCUCUAGCUGACCUCUAGCUGACCUCUACCUCCACAGGAUUAAUAAUAAUAAAUCUGCAAACAUCCAGCUGCACCGGUUCCUUGGUAUUACUUUGUAGAUAAACUUCAUGUAAAAACCGUAGAGAUGAGAAUUAAUUAUAUAAUUUAAUUUCUUAAAUUAUACCACUAAAAUGUUAUUAGAUGGCCGCCAAAGUUGAAGGGAAACAUUUUGACUUAUUUUUAGAAAACAUACAUUUUUUUUCUUCUUUUAUCCAGAAAUAAAGUGGAUGCUUCUUAUUUUGUAAAACUAUUUUUUUGCACGUUUAUUUCUACCAGGAAAUGUUAAUCUAUUAGAAAUAUUACAUCUGUUAUUUAUUUAUUUAAAACACUUAAAGAGCAUUUAAAUAAGACAGGUUAAGAGUUCUAAUGUUUUUCUGUUUGUUUUUACUGAAUAGACGUUUAGUUCUUUUUUUGUGAGCUGAGAAAUUAUUUGGAGAUUGAAACGUCAAUGCUGAGAUGGUUAGUUAAAAAUAAAAACCAGUUUUCAAAAUAUUAAAAUCUGCAAGAUGUUAGAUUUAGUGAACACCAGGGGGCAGUGUGGUGUCACCACUGAAAAUUGUCUAAUCUUUAAAUAUAACAUUUUAAAAUGGCCGCCAAAGUUGAAGAACCUGAACUCUGAACUUUAUUUUGAGUUGAAUUUAUAAAACGUUCAUUUUUAUUCUUUAAUCCAGAAAUAAAGUAAAAGUUUCACAAUAAGUGUUGUAAGUGGAUGCUUUUCAUUUUGUGACAUUUUUACAUUUAUUUAUUCCAGAAAAUUUUCAACUACUAGAAGUUAUACCUCUUAUUAAUUGAAAACAUUUUAGGAACAUUAAUAUUGGUUAAUAUGUAAUUUUUUGUUUUUACUGAAUGAAUCUUUAAUUUUCAUCAGUUUGAGCUGCCAAAUGAUUUAAAGUUUAUUAUUUAAAUGCUGUGUGAUGUUUUUUGUUUAGUUAUCUGCAAACCAUUGGUUAAAACUUUUUUUAUAAGACAAAUCUCUGCAGGAUGUGUUGUAUUCUUUGACCACAAGGGGGCAGCGUUGUAUUUCUAUAAUUAAACCCAAAUGCAACGCAUUUAAAUAAAUCCAGUUUAAAGCUA